AUGCGUUUUCUCUGCCUUCACGGUAUGGGAACGAAUGCAAGGAUUUUCGAGCACCAGACCGCGGCGAUCCGCCAAUCUCUCGGCAGCGGCCACACCUACGAAUGGCUCGAAGGGGCAGUGAAGACCCAGAUGGCCCCCGGCAUCCAGGAUCUGGUCUCUCUCGACGACGAAUUUCUGACAUACGUGAACGACACCCCCGAGAGCCAGAGACAAGCAAUGACCGACCUGGAGCACUUCAUUGCAGGGGAAGGACCGUUUGAUGGUCUCAUGGGUUUUUCGCUGGGUGCGGGCUGCGGGGCAACUUACCUGCUGGACCAUCUCCAACAGGGGGGAAAGGGAAGGCCCCCGUUUCGCUGUGCGGUGUUUUUCUCGGGCGCCCCUCCACUUCAGGCCAAGAGUGCUUCCCCUGGGCCCCGACUGUUGAUUGAUAUCCCAACCGUGCAUGUGUGGGGGCUGAAUGAUCUCGCGUACGGCUAUGGGCCAGCGUUAAGCCGGUGGUGCAACGCGGAACAGCGGGAAGUGGUGCUGCAUGAAGGAGGGCACGAGAUCCCUGGCCCUCGGGACCCGCUAGCCCUAGCCAGGACGGUCCAGGCAAUCAAACGCACCCUAGCCAAAGCCGCUGCUGCAAUUUGA